AUGUGGUCCUCUCCAAAUGAGAAUCUUCAAGGCAGGUCUUCCAUGAUUAUUCAGAAGAACACUAAUUCUGAAACAUAUAAACAACAGUAUGGCUUAACAUACAAGAGAUCUGAGAAAUACUAUCAUACAGAAUACAAAAUGAAUCAUAACCGUGGUUUUCAAGGAAGAAAGAGAGGUGUGAAUUAUAUCUGCAAUAAAUUUGACAGAAAGAACAAUCAUUUUGAUCAUUCUGGUGCUCCAUAUGCCAUGGGAAUGAAAAGAAGGAGAAAAAGAUGCAGUUAUGGGGACCAAUAUUUUCUUACUGUGAGGGAUGAUAGAAAAACUGAGGAGGGCGAAAUGGAUCUGGAUGCUGAAAAUGGAACUGAGGAGAAAUGGUACAAGGUCACAAUUCCAAGUGGAAGAAAGUAUGAGAAGACAUGGCUAAUGAGGUCAAUCCAGAACUUCUGUAGUGAGCCCUUCAUCCCUAUUGAUUUCCACUAUGUCAAAAACCGGGCCCGGUUCUUUGUUCAGAAUGCUAAGACUGCCUCUGCACUGAAGGAUGUCAGCUACAGGAUUUGUGAUGAAACAAGCAGAAAAAUAGCGAUCUUUGUCAGUCCUUCUGUUGUACCCUAUUCUGUGCAAAACCAGUUUACAUCAGAACAAAUGGAGUACAUAAGGGAAUCUAUGAUGAACCGGUAUGACGCCUCCCAGAAAGCUCUGGACCUCGAAAAGUUCCGAUUUGACCAGGACUUAAUGGACAAGGAUAUUGACAUGCUACUGAAUCGAAGAAGCUGCAUGGUUGCCACACUACAGAUCAUUCAAAGCGAUAUCCCUGAACUGUUGUCCUUGAACUUGAAAAACAACAAACUGUACCAGCUGGAUGGGCUGUCUGACAUGACAGAGAAGGCCCCUCACGUGAAGAUUCUGAACCUCUCCGGAAAUAAACUGAAGUCAUUCAUGGAAUUGGAGAAGGUGAAAGAACUGAAGCUAGAAGAGCUGUGGCUGGAAGGGAACCCCCUCUACCAUCGCUUCUCGGAUCAUUCUGAGUAUAUAAGUGCUGUACAGAACCUAUUUCCCAAGCUGUUGCGUCUGGAUGGCGAGGACCUAAUAAUACCAAGAAGAAAUCUUCAGAAUGACAAGGACCUAAUAGUACCAACAGGAAAGCCUCGGGAUGGCAAGGACCUAAUAGUACCAACAGGAAAGCCUCGGGAUGGCAAGGACCUAAUAGUACCAACAGGAAAUCCUCAGGGUGGCAAGGACCUAAUAAUACCAACAGGAAAGCCUCAGAAUGGCAAGGACUUUACAACAGUACCAACAGGAAUGGACAUCGAGGUACCCCAACCAUGCAAGGAAAGCUGUAACAAAUCUGAAGUCAUAAAAAAUCUAGUUCUACAAUUUCUGAAAGAGUACUACUUGUUUUAUGACAAUGGAGAUCGACUUCGCCUUCUCGAUGCUUACCAUGACCAGGCCUGCUUCUCCCUGUCGGUUCCUUUCAAUGUCAGUGACCCAGACCUGAACAACUUGGAAGAGUAUUUCAAAUACAACAGAGAUAUAAAGAGGCAGCAAGACUCAUACAUGCGAAUGAAGUUGCUGAAGCACACAAAACAUGACAUCGUGAACUCUCUUAGCUUGUUACCCAAAACUCAGCAUGAUCUUUGCUCUUUCUGGGUGGACUUGUGUUUCCAUACGGAAAUGAUGCUCUGUUUUUCUGUGAAUGGACUAUUCAAGGAAGUGGAAGGAAAAUGUCGAGGCUGCAUCCGUGCCUUCACGAGGAUCUUCAUUGCUGUCCCUUGCAGCGAUUCAAGUGUCCACUCUUCCUUCAGAAUUUGCAUCAUAAACGAUGAGUUGAUUGUGAGAAAUGCCAGUGCCAACGAGAUACAAAAGGCCUUCACCUCGUUGCCUGCACCCGACACAUCAUUCAAGCCUUUACUCUCUGAAGAACAGCAGGAAAUGGUGAAGUCUUUCUCUGUGCAAUCUGGAAUGAAACUUGACUGGUCUCAGAAGUGCCUUGAAGAUAAUGAGUGGAACUACACCAAAGCUGGUGAGGCCUUCACUGCCCUCCAGAAUGAGGGCAAGAUCCCAAAGGAAUUCUUCAAAUAAAAGGAUACUAAAGAUGUCCUGUUGAUAGAGUAUUUCUCUUAAUCCACAUUAUUUCCCACACCUAGGAAUAGAGGCCUGGCUGACCAAGAAGCAAAAGUUAACAUGUAGACCAAGUAAUAUAACCCCCCUCUCUACAGGGUCAGUUUUUCUGUCUCCCUCCAAAGUUGUUUGUUAUUUCAUAAUAAAGAAUUUCUUUACUUUG